AAUAUGCGAAGUGCGGUGUUUGUCAAGGUUGUAAAUAACAAUACGUAUCGCGUCAUGGGUGACGCUGACAUUUAGCACGUGCAAUCGCCUUUGGGUGGGUCCGACUUUGGUUCUGUUCGCCCACAUGUAUUUAAUAUUUUAUUAUCCUAUAAAAGCUCUCGGAUAAUUCGGUGUUAACAAUUUUCAUCACCUUGUAAACAUCGAUAAAAAGCCACCAUGACCAGGCUGCUGUUGGCGCUGGCGUGUCUUCUGGCCCUCGUCACUAUCGGCAGAGUCGCCCCCAUCACAGACAUCGUUGAAACAGAGCGUACGGCUAUUGCGCCAGACACUGUGAGUGGGGUUGGAACUGCACCUGCGACCGGGACUGACUCUGGGACCGGGACUGACACUGGGACACAUUCUGUUACAGCUGGAGAUGGUACACAUACUGAUACAGCUGGAGAUGGUACACAUAAUGAUACAGCUGGAGAUGGUACACAUACUGGUACAACUGGAGAUGGUACAGGUGCUGGUACAGCUGGAGAUGGUACACAUACUGGUAUAACUGGAGAUGGUACAGGUGCUGGUACAACUGGAGAUGGUACACAUACUGGUACAACUGGAGAUGGUACAGGUGCUGGUACAGCUGGAGAUGGUACACAUACUGAUACAGCUGGAGAUGGUACACAUAAUGAUACAGCAGGAGAUGGUACACAUACUGGUACAACUGGAGAUGGUACAGGUGCUGGUACAACUGGAGAUGGUGCAAUUACUGGUACAGCUGGAAAUGGAACAAGUACUGCUGGAGAUGGUAUAAGUACUGGUACAACUGGAGAUGGUACAAGUACUGGUACAACUGGAGAUGGUGCAAUUACUGGUACAACUGGAAAUGGAACAAGUACUGGUACAACUGGAGAUGGUACACAUACUGGUACAACUAGAGAUGGUACAUAUAAUGAUACAGCUGGAGAUGGUACACAUACUGGUACAACUAGAGAUGGUACACAUAAUGAUACAGCUGGAGAUGGUACACAUACUGGUACAACUGGAGAUGGUACAGGUUCUGGUACAACUGGCAAUGGUACACAUACUGGUACAAUUGGAGAUGGUACAGGUGCUGGUACAACUGGAGAUGGUGCAAUUACUGGUACAACUGGAAAUGGAACAAGUACUGGUACAACUGUAGAUGGUAUAGCUGGAGAUGGUACAAGUACUGGUACAACUGUAGAUGGUAUAGCUGCAGAUGGUACAAGUGCUGGUACAACUGGAGAUGGUACAGGUGCCGGUACAACUGGAGAUGGUACAAGUACUGGUACAAUUGGAGAUGGUGCAAGUGCUGGUAAAACUGGAGAUGGUACAAGUGCUGAUACAACUGGAGAUGGUGCAGGUGCUGGUACAACUGGAGAUGGUGCAAUUACUGGUACAACUGGAGAUGGUACACAUACUGAUACAGCUGGAGAUGGUACAGGUGCUGGUGCAACUGGAGAUGGUGCAAUUACUGGUACAACUGGAGAUGGUACACAUACUGGUACAACUGGAAAUGGUACACAUACUGGUACAACUGGAGAUGGUACACAUACUGGUACAACUGGAAAUGGUACAGGUGCUGGUACAACUGGAGAUGGUACACAUACUGAUACAGCUGGAGAUGGUACAGGUGCUGGUACAACUGGAGAUGGUACACAUACUGGUACAACUGGAGAUGGUACAGGUGCUGGUACAACUGGAGAUGGUACACAUACUGGUACAACUGGAAAUGGUACAGGUGCUGGUACAACUGGAGAUGGUACACAUACUGGUACAACUGGAAAUGAUACAGGUGCUGGUACAACUGGAGAUGGUACACAUACUGAUACAGCUGGAGAUGGUACAGGUGCUGGUACAACUGGAGAUGGUACACAUACUGGUACAACUGGAGAUGGUACAGGUGCUGGUACAACUGGAGAUGGUACACAUACUGGUACAACUGGAAAUGGUACAGGUGCUGGUACAACUGGAGAUGGUACACAUACUGGUACAACUGGAGAUGGUACAGGUGCUGGUGCAACUGGAGAUGGUGCAAUUACUGGUACAACUGGAGAUGGUACACAUACUGAUACAGCUGGAGAUGGUACACAUACUGGUACAACUGGAGAUGGUACAGGUGUUGGUACAACUGGAGAUGGUGCAAUUACUGGUACAACUGGAGAUGGUACACAUACUGAUACAGCUGGAGAUGGUACACAUACUGGUACAACUGGAGAUGGUACAGGUGCUGGUACAGCUGGAGAUGGUGCAAUUACUGGUACAACUGGAAAUGGAACAAGUACUGGUACAACUGUAGAUGGUAUAGGUGUUCAUACAACUGGAGAUGUUACAAGUACUGGUACAACUGGAGAUGGUACAACUGGAGAUGGCACAAGUGCUGGUACAACUGGAGAUGGUACAGGUGCUGAUACAGCUGGAGAUGGUACACAUGCGGUUACAGCUGGAGAUGGUACACAUACUGAUACAGCUGGAGAUGGUACACAUAAUGAUACAGCUGGAGAUGGUACACAUAAUGAUACAGCUGGAGAUGGUACACAUAAUAAUACAGCUGGAGAUGGUACACAUACUGAUACAGCUGGAGAUGGUACACAUAAUGAUACAGCUGGAGAUGGUACACAUAAUAAUACAGCUGGAGAUGGUACACAUACUGAUACAGCUGGAGAUGGUACACAUACUGGUACAACUGGAGAUGGUAUAAGUACUGGUACAACAGGAGAUGGUGCAAUUACUGGUACAAGUGGAAAUGGAACAAGUACUGGUACUGGUACAACUGGAGAUGGUACAAGUACUGGUACUGGUACAACUGGAGAUGGAACGAGCACAGGGAUUCACGAAACAGCCACUGGAAGAACCACUGGAUCUCACACUGGCGCAGCACCAAGUACGAGUACCGUUCAAAAUGACACAGAUGCCGCAUCUCAAACCAGUAGUGCAGGGAAUGGUGCAUCUACCGUGGAUCAUUCGUCUACAGGAGCAAAUGCUACAGGUGUGACAGCUGAUACAGAUGAAACAGCUGCUAAUACAGGGGGACAUGGUACAAGUACGUCAGGACAUGGUACGUCACGAGGACAUGGUACGUCAGGAGGACAUGGUACGUCAGGAGAACAUGGACAUGGUAGUUCGCCAGGAGCAUAUGCUAUAAGUACGUCAGGAAGACAUGGCACAAGUACUUUAGGAGGACAUGGUACAAGUACGUCAGGAGGACAUGGUACAAGUACGUCAGGAGGACAUGGUACAAGUACGUCUGGAGGGCAUGGUACGAGUACGUCAGGAGGACAUGGUACAAGCACGUCAGGAGGACAUGGUACAAGUCCGUCAGGAGGAUAUGGGACGAGUACAUCAGGAGGACAUGGGACGAGUACGUCAGGAGGACAUGGUACAAGUACGUCAGGAGGACAUGGAACGAGUACGUCAAAAGGACAUGGUAUGAGUACGUCAGGACAUGGCAUAAGUACGUCUGGAGGGCAUGGUACAAGUACGUCAGGAGGGCAUGGGACGACUACGUCAGGAGGACAUGGCACAAGUACGUCAGGAGGACAUGGGACGAGUACGUCAGGAGGACAUGGAACGAGUACGUCAGCAGGACAUGGUACAAGUACGUCAGGAGGACAUGGGACGAGUACGUCAGGAGGACAUGGUACGAGUACGUCAGGAGGACAUGGUACAAGCACGUCAGGAGGACAUGGUACAAGUACGUCAGGAGGAUAUGGGACGAGUACAUCAGGAGGACAUGGGACGAGUACGUCAGGAGGACAUGGUACAAGUACGUCAGGAGGACAUGGAACGAGUACGUCAAAAGGACAUGGUAUGAGUACGUCAGGACAUGGCAUAAGUACGUCUGGAGGGCAUGGUACAAGUACGUCAGGAGGGCAUGGGACGACUACGUCAGGAGGACAUGGCACAAGUACGUCAGGAGGACAUGGGACGAGUACGUCAGGAGGACAUGGAACGAGUACGUCAGCAGGACAUGGUACAAGUACGUCAGGAGGACAUGGGACGAGUACGUCAGGAGGACAUGGAACGAGUACGUCAACAGGACAUGGUAUGAGUACGUCAGGAGGACAUGGCACAAGUACGUCAGGAGGACAUGGUACAAGUACAUCAGGAGGGCAUACAUCAGGAGUUGGUACAAGAUGGGUGACCAAUAAUUACCCGCGUGAUCCUUGGCAGGACUUUGGGUAUAACAACUUCUUUUCCGAUAUGUACGAUUUCUGGUGGAAUCCGUUUGAUAUGUUUUCUAACAGUGGUCAAUCCAUGUUUGACAAUACUGCAAUGUUAAUGUUAUAUAUGGAUAUGUUCUAAACGUCAGCUUUUAUCAUAGUAAUUAGAAACGUGGGUUUCGUCGUUUACAAGCAUGUUUCUUAUAAAUCUAUGGGUAACAUUUUUACGAACAGUUCGAACAUCUAUAAAUAGAGAGGAGCUAGCGUAGUCCUGUUCCUGUAACAUCAAGUUGAUAGCAAGUUUAAUUGAUAUUAUUGGGGGAGGGGCAGAAGACGUGUUACAUUAAUUUAUUAAAGCAUUUUGUUAGACAUCAAGGAAGGAAGGAAAUGUUUUAUUUAACAACGCACUCAACACAUUUUAUUUGGCGUCGAAUGGUAGACAUCAGUGCCAGCGGAAAGUGUGUGUGUGUGUGUCGGGGGGGGGGGGGGGGGGGCACUGCCACUGCGAUGGUCCGGGAGAUGGCAAUUUGAGGGUCCAAAGGGUCUAGAUCUGUUACGGUGGGUUCAAGCAUGUUUCCCUGAGAAACAUGAAUUUUAGAUGUUCAAAUGCGGCAUUUCCAGCAAAUUUGGGCAAAAAUGAUACAGUUAUUCGGGCAAAAUGUGUUAACCUGAGACCUUUUUACCAUGUAUUUCCAUCAUUGACCCUCAAAAUUCGUUUGCAACCCUAUAUAGUUGUUUUGUAGUUAUGCUAAUAUGUUAGGCAGAUUCGGGCAGUUUCGUUUGAUUCGGGCAAAAGCCAGCCUUCCCCUAACAAAAAUAGGGACAUGUUUGCCUAUGCCCCCCCCCCCCCCCCAUAACACCGCACAUUGCUAAAAUACACUGAAUUAAAAGGAAAUGGGUACCAAGACAAAAAGGAGGAAAUUACGUACUACACAAAUAUACGUGUAGUCAGUAUCAUGCCAUAUAUUAAUUUGCGUGUUCCACGUACAAAAUUGCACAUCAGAUUCUGGUGUGUGAAAUAGAUUUUAAAAUAAAUCAUCAUUUGUUUAUCGUUAUAUCUAUCGCCAAUUAGUACUACGUUCGUGUGUGUAUAUUACACAAGUGAAAAAAUAAGUGUGCAUUUAUUUAUUUGUAUUUUUUGUUUAUUAAAAAUUAUUAAAUGGUA